GACAUACAUCAAGCGCUCUGCUGUGAAGUUGGACGUCAUGAUCAGGUUGGUGGUGAGUCAAACUUUUUUUUUUUAAUCUUCUAUCACACUGUCAUGUUUUUUAGUGUUGUUAUUGUAGCCCCAAUCCAAAAAUAAGAGAUCUCUUGUUUUUUAUGUUUUGCAGUUAAGAAUUGUGUUGCUGCUUGGCACAGGUACUGUGUUCCACGCCGCCGGCGGAAGCCCGGUGGACAAAGUCCCGGUGGACCGUAGAGGUGGACUGAAGAGAAGGAUUGUGAGACUAGUGGUGGAGAAUUUGUCGCAUAGAUCAGGUGGUCUGAUGGUCACCAAUUCUGCCCCAAAUAUUGCCAACAUGUCUCUGUCACCCUGGACAUACACCGAGUCCUGCGUGGCGUCUCGUCUCCCUCGAGUGCUCUCCGAUGCGCGCUGCCUGACUUCGGCUUGUCUCAGCCACCCAAGUGGAGGCGAGGAUGCCACCCUGGAGGUCCAGCCCAUCAAGUCCCAGGUCCUAGUUUUGCACAGAGUCCAAAACAAAAGACCAAAUACCAGGAGGAGGAAGAAGUUCAGACUGGAAGUGCAGACGAUCACAGUGGGCUGUACAUGCAUAAGGCGCAGUGUUUAACUUUUUUUUGUUUUUAAAUAAUACUUGCAACUUCAAUGCUUCCAGGUUUAUAUUUUUG